GCGGGGCCACAUCUGAACAGCGUGUACUUGGAAUAUUGGAAGUUUAACAAAGAAAUGUCCAUCAGUUUAAUGAGGUCGUGUUCGUAACUUUACCAAACUAAUGCCGGUUCUCGUCUGAGACCAUUUGCUACAGAGCAACUAACAGUGCUGUCUUCUGUAUCACAUCAAGGAGCAAGCGAUGCAUAGAAAAGUUCCUGGAUUAACGCAGAAUUAGCACAAAGCAGAGACGCCACCUCAGCCCAACAUUGCAGCUAGCGGAGAGAGGAAACGAUUGAGGGAGAAGCAGUGUGCAGCAGAAACUAAGACGCAUACCCCAGCAGCUCAAGACGAGUUCCAGAGAGCCCAGAGACAGGCCAGGACGGGCAUCCUUCCGCAAAGGGGACCCACGCCGAAGAGAGCUUCAAAAGCAUGGAGGAAAAACAAUUUUCUGGCAUACUGAAUGGAGCGGUUCCAGGAGAGCCAGUAAAGAAAGAUGAAAACUCCAGAAGGGGGAACUGGGGCAACCAGAUUGAGUUUGUCCUCACCAGUGUUGGCUACGCAGUGGGCCUGGGAAACGUCUGGAGGUUUCCUUACCUCUGCUACAGGAAUGGAGGAGGUGCCUUCAUGUUCCCAUACUUCAUCAUGCUGGUGUUUUGUGGCAUCCCUCUGUUCUUCCUGGAGCUCUCCUUUGGGCAGUUCACCUCCCUCGGGUGCUUGGGAGUCUGGAAGGUCAGCCCCAUGUUUAAAGGUGUGGGCUAUGGAAUGAUGGUGGUCUCGACCUAUAUUGGGAUUUACUACAAUGUGGUGAUUUGCAUUGCAUUUUAUUACUUCUUCAUGUCCAUGACAAACCUGCUGCCCUGGACGUACUGUAACAACCCCUGGAACACUCCUGACUGCACUGGAGUGUUGAGCACUCCACGAGCUAACGCCAGCUUCGCCAAUGUGUCUGCGGUCCUGUCAGGGGUGACUGAGAUAGUCAACCGCACCAAAAGAACCAGUCCUAGUGAAGAGUACUGGAGGAACUAUGUGCUGAAUAUCUCUGAUGGUAUUGGGAACUUCGGGGAGGUGCGUCUACCUAUCCUGGGCUGUCUAGCUGUGUCAUGGAUAGUUGUGUUCCUGUGUCUAAUUCGAGGAGUCAAGUCAUCAGGCAAGGUGGUGUAUUUCACAGCAACCUUCCCUUAUGUGGUGCUGACCAUUCUCUUCAUCAGAGGAAUCACUCUGGAAGGAGCCGUCAGUGGCAUCAAAUACUAUUUGACCCCUCAGUGGGAGAAAAUUCUAGAUGCCAAGGUAUGGGGGGAUGCCGCCUCUCAGAUUUUCUAUUCACUGGGCUGUGCCUGGGGUGGGCUUAUCACCAUGGCAUCAUAUAACAAGUUCCACAAUAACUGUUUUAGAGACAGUAUCAUCAUCAGUGUAACCAACUGUGCGACCAGUGUGUAUGCUGGCUUUGUUAUCUUCUCCAUCCUGGGAUUCAUGGCUCAUCAUCUGGGGGUGGAUGUGUCAGAGGUGGCCGAUCACGGGCCAGGCCUGGCGUUUGUGGCCUACCCAGAGGCCCUGACAUUACUGCCCAUAUCACCUCUCUGGUCCCUGCUGUUCUUCUUUAUGCUCAUUUUAUUGGGCCUUGGUACUCAGUUCUGUCUACUGGAGACUCUGGUGACGGCUGUAGUAGAUGAGAUUGGAACUGACUGGAUUAUCAAAAAUAAAACCUAUAUCACACUGGGAGUGGCUAUAAUAGGAUUCCUCCUGGGAGUGCCACUGACCACACAGGCAGGAAUAUACUGGUUGCUGCUUAUGGACAACUACGCUGCGAGUUUCUCUCUGGUCGUCAUCUCUUGCAUUAUGUGCAUCUGUAUAAUGUAUGUCUAUGGCCACAAGAACUACUUUAGAGAUGUGGAGAUGAUGCUAGGCUUCCCUCCUCCAAUCUUCUUCAGGAUCUGCUGGAGAUUUGUGUCGCCCUUCAUUAUUACUUUUAUUCUGAUUUUCACUGUGAUACAGUACAAGCCUAUUACCUACAAUGACUAUGUAUAUCCCAGCUGGUCAUUGGUUAUUGGGUUUGCCAUGGCUUUGUCUUCAGUCAUCUGUAUACCUAUCUAUGCUCUGUUCAAGAUUGCUAUGUCUGAAGGAUCCACAUUUUUAGAGCGUUUGAAGAACUCCGUGAAGCCUGACCCAGACUGGGGCCCGGCUCUCCAGGAGCACCGCAAGGGCCGAUACGCCACUACAGGCCCUGAGUCAGUGGAGGUGUGCCCUCUCAAAGAAGACCUGAAGGAUGAGGGUAAAGAGAAACUCAAGGAGAAAGAGGAUGAGAUCGGUUUGACCAUCCCAGGAAGCAACGGCUCCACAUUAAACCCCUCACCAAGCGCAUAGAGGAGCCCCUCCCCACCCUCCCCCCAGGACGGUUCCCAUUCCCACACUGCGGGACAGGCCACUCUCACUGGAGACCUUUACAUAUUGUAAGGGCUUUAUGAAAUCUAACCUCUAGAGAAAUUGGUUGUCAUCCAAAACCUUUUUCUUUUUGUUCACUUAAUUUAAUACUGCAGUCUUAAAAAAAAAGACGUUCAUGUAAAAGGAAGUGUUUGCAUACACGCAGUGUGUAUAUAGCGCAUUGUACAAUAUUUUCACUCUGUGUUGAGUAGUCUGGAAAUGUGACUGUAGCGGCAGCAGGAGCUACAGUGGGACUUGGCUGAUGUGUACAGUGGUGGCAGUGCUGGUCAGGUUUAAUAGCUGAAGACCAAAUAUUCUUUGUGGCAAUGUUUUAAUAGCACUGUUAAAUGGAGUGUUAUUUUCAGUUUCUUGUUUGGGGAACAUCUCAUUCAUAAGCCAGUAUGGCCAAUGUAGAUGUCUGAGAGCAGGGUGGCUGAUGGUCAAUGUAAUGCCAGUACAUGAUAUAAUGCAUGUUACAUGACCUUUUAACACCAUAAUAACUCAAAAUCCACUUAAAACUAGAAAUCAAAAAAGUCUGUUAUCCAUUGACUAGAUUUCCACUCAAUUUUGGAGCUAACACUUUUGUUAGACAAAAGUAGACUGGCUGAUACCAAUAAGCAUAGGCCAAGAGAAUAUCAACUUUAUUUCAAUGUAAGUGAGAGCACAAAUACAAAACAAAGGAUAUUUGGUCUUAAGCUCUUACUGACUGAGGUAUCUGGACCGAGGCAUAUAACUACUCAAGCCCAUGCUCAGGGUUACACACAAUUUGCUUUUUUGCAAAACCUUUCCAACACCUUGAGAUGACUUAUUGCUGAUCUUGAGUAUUUGACAAAAAGGAGAGGGGGUUUUCAUGUAGGAACUUCCACAUGAAAUGCCAAAUCUGUCUAGUCUUCCGGGCAUCUCGAGCCGAGGCAUCUCCUGAGCGAGGGGAACAUGUGUGCGAUAACAGAAGCAGCUAGUUCCUCAUUAGAUUCAGUACUGUAGUAUGCACACUAACCCCGCUCCACACGGAAAAAGAGGCAUGUUACCAAAAACGUGCACAGACCUUUGUGUUCUGAUUUAGUUGGGAUGUUUGUGUGUAUUUUUUGCUGUCUAUAUGUGUUAAGAGACUUGAACUGGUGUGUAUGUGUCAUUUAAAGGCAUCUGGCUGUGCUGAAAUGAAAGGUCGUGUCAUCGAAACACUGCAAAAGAUGUAACUCAAGGUUGCAUGUGGAACGACCAGAAGUAAACAUAGCAUCAGUCAAAAAUCACUGUGGUUAGUUAGUGAAAUCGUUGGGGAAGUCAGCUUUUUUGGCCUAGUGUUUUAAAACAACAUUAUAAAGACUUAUUGGACAAAUAAAAGGUCAAACUAUCAGAUACUUAGCCUAAUCAAACACCAGUGGAACACAAUCAAUUUAAUCAACUCCAUAGUAUAAAUACAGCUGACUUACCUCUGUCCAUUGAUGGUUUAUCAGCAUCCCUCCUCCUCCACAUCCCCUCACUUCCAGUUCAUUUUACACUUAUACAAGGAGGGAGGUACUCUAGGUUCGGGCCAUUCCCGAGCUCGGAGCCCUUCCCCAAAUACACGCCAAUCAUACUUCAGCCAAUUAUAUGUAAAUCGUGAAUCAUAUCAUUCCAGUGACAUUUCAACAAGGCCCCUUAUGAUGCAUAUGGUUGUAGUGGCACAUAUACAUGGAAGAAGAGUCCUGGUUAUACUGUGAAUUUGUCUGGGAUGUUGCCUGACGCCUUUAAACAGGAAGUCUGGCAAAGCAGCUGCUAAUGUGCUGACGCAUCACGUAUCGAGACUUCUGAUUAAACAGUGAAUCUCUGUAUAUAGUCGAUACAAAAUAGUUCAUUUGGUAUUUCUCUCCUGUGUUGUGAUGUGCUCCUUCACUUUGAGUCGGAAUGAGGCAAAGAAAUGCUUGGUUGCAUUCAUUUUGAUAAUACGAAGUUAGAUAAUACAAAGUCUCAUCUUUUAAAUUAGCUUAAUUUAAUUUAGAAAUUCGAACUUCAUUUUGAUGUCAUAGAUCACUAAAGCUGCCUUAGUUUAAAGGUAGCAUGGAGCGAAAGAAAUGAUCAUCGUGUUUUCUUUACUACUAGUUAAAAAUUAAACAUCAGAAGCUAUGUUGAAAGAACUUACUAAAUUUGUCAUGUCUCAUGUAAUCAUGUUGAAACGUGAAUGUAACAGCUUGCGCACAAUGUUACGUUACGUUAACUUUUACCUCAGUGGCGACUGCUAAAAGAAGAGCAUAUAAAUACACCGUAAACACAUGUAAUUGAUGUCUUAUUUAGCAUAAGCUCGAAUAAAUCUCCAGAUUCUAUCAAAAGAUGUCAGUUUUCAUGACAGCACCAUUUAAUUAGAGUUUCGUUAUGGAUUAUGAACAAAUACGUUUUUGAAAGUGUUUUUGAUAUUUGUUUGAGAUAGUUCUUUCACUGAAUAAAACUGUUUCUGGGCCAAAAUGACUCAAAAUGAUGGAGCAGGUCACAGUUAAAGUCAGUAUUCAAAAACCUGAUGGCAUAAUAGUCUACGUCAUUGUUAUUUUUACAUUUUAUUAAUCUUUGCAUGAAGGUAUAUAUAUAUAUAAUUUUUUUUUUUAUCCAAAAAUAUACAAAACACAAUCUAACUUUAAGAAGUAGGGAAAAAGAGAGAAGAAUAAAAGUAACCCUGCUGCCUAACAGGAGGUAUCGGACACUCAGGGGAGUAGUUAGAGGUUCAUUGGUCUUAGCACAAGCAUACCUGCAGGUCACAAACUCUAGCUUUACCUCUGUUAGAAAGUUAGUGCAGUAGAUUAGAGCAGCAGUUUAGGUGACGUGAGACUAACAGCACUUUUAUUUACUGGUUCACUUUAGCUGGCUACGUGCGCAGUAGCUACAUUAUGAUUAAUCGCUGUCGGAAAUGUGAAUGCACAAGAUUGAAGCCCUCUCAUUUUUCUUGAACGUGGCAUGAAGACCAUGUGUCUGUCUCUAGGUACUGUGAUGCUGACCUUGACACGCAAACUAUUUUUAACAAUAGACAUGUUAUGCAUCAGUGCCGUUCUUGCACUGUUCCCCACCUCUCUCCAUUGUACAGUAAUGUAAAAAAAGUAAGACAAAAAAAAAAGACAAAAACUCAACUGAUGUGUAUGUUUAUGUUUUCUGUUUUUAUCAGGGUGGGUUGCUGUAGUAGGGUUUAUUUUUUAGUUGUUUUUACUUUAUUUCUUAUUGUAACGUAGUUAAUGUUGUGUGUACAGAGUGUUCUGUGUAGUGGACGUUCAACUGCUGAGUCAAACCUAGUUCAUGUUACUGUCACUAUUGAUGUCAUGUAAUUUUAAUCAGUAUGUACUGUAAUUAUCCGUUUUUUCUCCAUUUAACAAGCAGAAUCUACCUUUGUAAGAGAUUUUUUCCUUUUUAUUUUUUAUAGUACUAAAACUGUAUUUUACCAUCAUUUUUAGCUAUGUUCAGUGACACUACAUUUUCCCUCCAGCCAGCUGAUCUCAAACUCAUUGCCAAACGAAGACUUUUUACUGAAACUUGUAAAAAAACAGAAAUGCUUUUUACAUCAGCGUCUAGUCAAACAGAAAUCGUUUAUUGAUGAUGAAGGACACAGUCUAUAGCUGUAUUUUAUCUCAGUAUUGUACACAAGUGUAUUUGUAGUGCUGCAAACCCUUUAAGAGCAUUUCUGUCGACCUGUGAUCCAGUUUCAUGUAUUAUGCACAAAAAGGAAAGGAAGCAGAGAAAGCACAUUUAAUUACCUAGACACGUGCCAAUUAUAUAUAUAUAUAUAUAUAUAUAUAUAUAUAUAUAUAUAUAUAUAUAUAAAAAUGCAUUUAAAAUGAUCAAAAUUUAAUAACGAAAUUUUAUUUGGGUAUAGUAAGACAAUGUUUCAGAGAAGAACUGAACACUUUUAAAUGGAAUUUGCUCCAAAUUUGGCCUGGAUAUUUCUUAAUGUAAAUUUAAUUGUGACGGCAUACACCUUAAAUACUCGAAUUUGGUGAAAAUUAUGAACACAAAUACCUUUAGGUCCGAGAUGGAAAUAUCCACUGAGGACAGUUUUAUCAAUGUAUUAAUUAAAACUAUAAACAGAAUCAGCAUAUUUAAAUUGAAACGGAAUUAUUUUGGUUAAUGUCAGCAGUAUCGUGUAUUUUCAUGGUGUUACCACACUUUAAAAAUAUGUUUGAAAGCAACAGAAUAUAAUGCAAAAAAUAAAACGUUCCUCUCCCAUGUGCUGCAUCCUAAAAGAAGUGAUGUCUUUACAAUAGUAUGUGUGUGUGUACUUCCGUGCUCAUGGCAAUAUAAAACUGAAGUAGAAUGACAUGAGCUCAGUACUUAAUCAAACAAACGGUAUCUAACCAUGUGUCUUUUCAAUAUUAGGGCCAAACAGCAUUGAAAUUGUCUUAGUCGUGUCAGCUGUAAACUGUUCAAUUUGAAAUGGUAAAUAAAGUUUAUUUUAAAGAUCA